CGCCUAGCAAGUUUGUUCACCAAUGUAAACUUUAGGAGAGCCGCUCAGGAUCCUUUACACACAAAAACUAGACAUGACCUCUUGACCCGGUUGCGCGUGGGACGAUGGCGACUGGUGCAGUGGCUGGCGAGGGGCAGCUUCAGAGGAUUAUCAGAGAUCUACACGAUGCUGUGGCUGAGAUCACCAAAGAGUACAAGGAGAAUGGAGAACCAAUCACAGACGACAGCUCUAAUCUGCAGAAGUUCUCCUACAAACUGGAGUACCUGCUACAAUAUGACCAGAAGGACAAGACUACGUUUCUGGGUACGAGGAAGGAUUACUGGGAUUACUUCAGUGACUGUCUGGCCAAAAUCAAAGGAGCCAACGAUGGCAUUCGAUUUGUCAAGUCAAUUACUGAGUUGAAGACAUCACUGGGGAAAGGUAGAGCGUUUAUCCGCUACUCUCUGGUGCACCAGCGGCUGGCGGACACUCUUCAGCAGUGCCUCCUGAACCAGAGAGCCACCAGUGACUGGUAUUAUGCUCGGAGUCCCUUCCUAAAGCCUCAUCUCAGUGUGGACAUCAUUAAUUAUCUGUAUGAGCUUAAUGAGGUCCAGUUUGACCUGGCUUCCCGAGGGCAUGACCUUGAUUCCGCCUGGCCCACAUUUGCAAGGAGGACUUUAGGAAUGACUAACUCUCCCAGCCACAUGUGGAAACCACCCAGCCGCAGCUCCAGCAUUAACAGCCUGGCCAGCACAUAUUCACAGCAAGCCCCUGAGUUACCCUGCAGUCCAGACUUCGGGCAUAGCCUGUUGGCCGAUCUUGCCGAGCCGCUGUCUGACUCGACCAGCAGUGCUGUAGAAGAGUUGCGCCUGGAGCUGGAUCAGUCAGAACUGAAGCAGCGAGAGCUUAUCGAACGACUCCAGCAGCUUGGUGGUGAAGCCACAGAGCUCCGUGAAGUGGUGACAGAACUACAGCGGCAGCUGGACAUUUCAUUAGCAGCCCAGGCUAACCAUCAGGAGCUUCAGCUCAAGUUAGAAGCGUUAAACGAGAGGGAAAGAAUCCUGGCCCAGGAGCUGGAUGUUCUGAAGGCACGUGAAAGCAUUAGAGAGGCUGCUCAUCAGGAGCUUCAAGGUAAGUUGGCUGGUGCAGAGAGGAAGAAUGAGGAGCUGAUGGCAAAAUUGGACGGAGUACUUGAGGAGAAAGGGCAAAGGGCAGCCAGCCACUUUGACUCAGCCCAGAAGAUCCACGAGCUUCUGGAUGGACUGAAAGAAGCUGAGAAAGGAAGGAUAGAAGCACUGGCAGAUGGAGAGGAGAAGAGGAUGCAGGCUGAACGUUUGGUUGAAGAUCUAAGAAUGAAAGAGCAAGCGUUGAAGGAUGGAGAGGUAAAAAUUGUUGCUUUAACAGAAAAGGGUGAAAAACUCAAGAAACAGGCAGAAGACCAACGUAAUGCUGUUGAUAAGCUUCAGGGGGCCCUUGCAGUGCGAGAAAAGGAAGCAAGCAACCUUCAAAAGCAAUUGCAAGGCCUUCAGUUCUCCCUGGAGACAAUGGAAAAGCAGACUGAAGAAGAGAAGAAGAGGAACUUUGAGGAGAGAGAGGAGUUACAGAAGAAAUUGAAUUCUUUGAAAGAAACUCUGGAUGGGAAGGUCCAAAGCUUUACAGCCCAGCUAAAGACAAAAGAAACAGAACUUCUGUCCAGUGCCAAAAGGAUCAAACACCUGGAAGGAGAAACUGAGAGACUUAAGGGAGAGAGACAGAGCUUGAGUGGGACUGUUGCAGAACUUGAGGUUGGUUACAAAGACCAGACCAAAAAGAUAGACGAAUACAAGGAGCAGUGCACCAACCUCAUGGAGGUGAACAGUAAGCUGAUGCAAACAGUUAAAAGGACUGAAGAGACCAGGAAGGAGCUGGCAGAAAGCAAGGCUGCAUUAGAGAGUGAGCUGGCUGUGCUGAGGGCAUCAGAAAAGCAGAUCAGAGGCCAGCUCAAUGAUGCUAAAGUGUCUGUGGAUGAACGUGAACAGCGGAUGCGUGAGGAGAACCGCGAGCUGGACGAGAGACUACAAAAAGCAAAUUUGCAGCUCGAGGAGUCCCAGGGCUUAGUGCGCAAGCUGGAGCAGGAGAACGGGGAAGUCAAAGAAGAGCAUGGCACCCUCAAAGCUUCUCUCUUGGCCUUACAGGACGAACUACGCAACAGCAAUAGCCAGAUCGCUGAUCUUGAGAAAAACCUUGCGGCGUCAAGACGCAACGAAGCAAAUCUGACUUUGCAGCUGAAGGACAGAGACUCUCAGCUGGAGGAUCGAGAGAGACUUUGCGAGCAACUCCAGGCACGAGUGGAUGAGCUGGAAGUCAGGGAGAGAGAACUGGAGGCUGGAACUGCUGAGGCAGAGAGAGCCAUCGUGAGGCAGAAAGAGAUGAUGGAGAGACUUGAGGUACAGUGCAAAGCUGUGGAGAAGGCUCAGAUAGAGACAAGUGCCUGCCAGGCCAAGGAAGCCCAAGAAAUGGCUUUGAAAGGAGCUAUGCUGGAGGAACAGUUGGGGCUGAAUAUGACAGAGGUGUCCAGACUCCGGGAGGAGGUGGUGGACCUGAAGGCCAAACUCCACAGUGCCCUGGAAGAGAAGGUCAAGGUCCAGUCCAGGCUAGAAGUCAAAGAGACAACUUGUGAAGAGCUACAGAGUCUGACAGAACAGCUAAAAAAGCAAGUUGAGGAGCAAAAUCGCACCCAUGUGAGUGAACUACUGCAGUACAGGGAGCGUUUGGAGGAGAUAUCUUCUGAAUUGGAUGUGAAAAGAUCUACUCAGAAUAAAAUGGAAGCCAACUUGGCUGCAGCCCAGAAAGAAGUUUGUGAGCUCAAGGCCCAUAAUGGAAGACUUGUACUGGAGACAGCUGAGACAAAAGAGGGACUUUGCAGAGCCAACACGGAGAUGGCAGAGCUAGGAAUGACCAUCUGCAGGCUAACCGCAGAGCGAGAGGAAGCUCGGGAGCGCUGGACAGCUGAGGCUAGCCGCAUCCACGAGUUGGAGGAGCAGGGCGAGCGGGAGACGGAGCGACUGAAUGCCAGCAUGGCGGCCCUGCGACAAGAGAACGGCAGCCUUCAAGAGGAGCUCCAACAAAUGGAAAAGCUUCCAGAAACAGUGCUGGAGUUAAAGGAUCUGCUUGACAAGGCUGAAAGUGAGAGAGAGGCAGCACGAGAAGAGACGGCAACCGUAAGGUUUCAGAUGAGCACAGAGAACAUGGCACAUCAAAACGAGGUGAAGAAUUUGAAUGAAGAGCUUGAGAGCUUAAUAGAACAGCUGAAGACAGAAAAGGAGAAGACAUUCACUCUGGAAACCAAAGUCUUAGAUUUAGAGGGAAUGAGUUCAGACAAUUCUCAUCUGAUAGAGGAGAAAGAUUCUCACAUCACCAAGACUGAGAGCCUGAUACGUGAGGUGGAGAUUGAAGCACAGCAGCUGAGAGACAGUCUGAAGAGUGCUGAGGAGGCUCUGAUGGUAGCACAGAAAGAGCAGGAGGAGAUGAGGGAGAAGCUGGAGAAGGUUCAGGGUGAAGCUCAGGCUGAGCAGUUCAAAAUGGCUGCUGAGAUCGACGACCUCAGCAGCACCAGGAGCACCCUGGAGGAGCGACUCAUCGAGCUCAUCAAGGAUAAGGAUGCUUUGUGGCAGAAGUCAGAUGCUCUGGAGUUUGAGCAGAAGCUGAGGGCUGAAGAGGAGUGGUGGCUACAGGACCGGGAGGCCACGCACUGCCUCGACUGCAACAGCCAUUUCACAUGGUGGCUCCGCAGGCAUCACUGCAGGUUGUGCGGUCGAAUCUUCUGCUACUACUGCAGUAAUAACUUUGUGAUGACGAAGUACGCGGGGAAGAAGGAGCGCUGCUGCAGGGAGUGUUACACACAGCACAGCGCUGUGGUGGAAAGAUUUACCCGCUCUGAACUCAGCAGCUCACAAGAACCUCCAACACUAGCCGGACACACACACACAGCCAGCCCACCGCCACCAUACAAACCCACACCCAGAGUUACAGUGAGUGAAGAGAAUAUUAAGCAGGACGAUGGAGCGUUUGACAUCAUCACUGAGGAAGAGGUGAACGGAUUGUAUGACAGUGACUCUGUCUCACAGACCACAGCAGAAUCUCAGGAGGGAGAGGCUGAGGGAAGAACCCCUGGAGAACCAAGCACAUCCAGGGACGUGGCUGCUGAGGAACAGGAGGAUCUGCCCCCGACGGUUCAGGAUUCUGAGAUUAACCUUCUUAAAACAGGAGAACUUACCUCCUCUGUGCAGCUGCACAUUGAUGAGAUCUCGCAGUUUGGUGAAGGUUCCCGUGAGCUAUUUGUGAAGUCCAGCUGCUACAGCAUCCUCUCCAUCACUGUAGGAGACCACGGCCCCACAGUCGGCUGGGUCUUCUCCUCUGAGCCAAAGAGCAUCUCCUUUAGUGUGGUCUAUAGAGAAUCCAGCAACACACCUGUGGAGCAGGCCAAGGUUCUGAUCCCUUUGACUCGUUGUAAUGCACACAAAGAGACCAUUCAGGGUCAGCUAAAAGCCAGGAAUGCUGGGGUCUACUCACUCAUCUUCGACAACUCCUUCUCCAGGUUCAUCUCCAAGAAAGUGAGCUACCACUUGACCACGGAGAAGCCCGUCAUCUAUGAUGGAAGCGACUGCCCGUAGUUCUGCAGUAUUUCAUUUUAUUUUUAAGAUGGAGGUGUUUUAAGAUGUCAUUUCUUUUCUUUUGUUUUGCAUUUUACCCUGAAGUGUCCCCAUGUGCCAAGUUUACGUUCCGUUGUUUUUCUUUCUUCUUCUUUUCAAGCACUACAAUGAUUCUUUCUAGUCUUAUUCUAUGCAAGAACAUUGUCCAUUCACUUUCGUACCAUUUUUUCCGGAGACGAUAUCUCAGAAGUGGUUUUAUAUUUAAAGGCACACUACAGAAUAGAACACACAACAUGGGUUAUAUCAUCAGCACUUAGGCAUCGCUGCUAAUGGGAACGCACAUUCAUAGAGCCUGAAUGAAAGACACUACACAGCCGAGCACAUUUUUUUAAACACAUUUUGUCAGUCUUGCAUCUGUGAGUGUAAGUAAAUGUGAGUGAAACACAAUCUUUAUACCAAAGGUAUGAAUUCUGUCAGAUUCAGGGACUCAGCACUAAGUAUAAAAGCAGUACCAGCACUCAGCACUGCAGGAGCCUGACGGAUUUGCUUUUCCCUGCUGUCCUGCAGUAAAUUUAAUAAAACAUAACUCACAGAAACUUAUCAAUGAAUGUGUUUACAUGCGUUUUUUAAUCCGAUUAUAAUAGUAUUACUGCAGUUUUUCCUGAUACCACUUAAUUAUCCAUGUAGUCAUGUAAACAGAACACUCUUACUAAUACUUAUACUUCUUAGGUUGAGGUAAGAUCUCAAAAUCUAAUACAUGCUGUUUCCCACCUUCAUUUGAAACUCUGUUAAUUAUAAAACACUGAGCUUCUUAAUUGUCUUUUUUUUUUUUUCUUUUUUUGAGAAGUUGGUUACUAAUAUUGGGCUUUAGCUUGGUCGUAUUUAUGGUUUUAAAAUUCUAUACUCAUUUUUGUUGUUUUUAACUUAAUUUUCUAUGUUUGUUUGUAAAUUAAAAAACAAAGGUGCUUAAAAUGGUUCUUUGCGCAAUGCCCCAGAAGAACCCUGUUAAGUGCCGGAAAAAUAACAGUGGGGCUCUUUCAGCAAUAUCUUUCUUACAAUUUUUACUCUACUACAGAUUCAUGAUGAAUUUUACAGGGCUAUGCUUUUAUAACAAUUAAUUCCAAUUUGUGAAUGUCAGAAUCUUAAUAUAAUUGGCAAAGGUGGGUUUUAUUUAUACAUUUUAAUGAACGUUUUUUUCCUUUACAGUGUUCCAUACACAUUUAUGGGACUAAAAAUGGAUCUUGAAUGGACUGCAGUGGCCAAACUUUUUUUCUGUUGUCUUUCCAAUAAAUUUAUUUAAUCCCUGUCUGAUAAAACCCUUGUACUUUCCAUUUUUUUCUGUUUUAAAUUCUUUGACAUUUGGAAUGCAAAUCACUUGAUGUGUAUUUAAAUUUGGAAGUUGUAGAAAUGCUCCAAAAUGCUCCGUUAAUUUCACUGAAAGUUCGAGAGGUUUUCCUUUUCUAUUUCGGACAGCAACUCUAUAUAGAUAUUUCAAUAAAUCUAAUUUAAGAAAUGACAGAUAUUUGCAAAAAUGUAACAUUAUAUUUAGAUUCAGCUUGUUGAUUGUUCUGGCAUAGUACAGUCACAUGACUGACAAAGCUAGCUGAUGAAUUAGCAAACCUAGUUUUACAAUAUUGUGUAUUGUUUGAGUUUUACCCAUCACGGAUAAAUAGUUAAAAACAUGGUCUUUCACAACACACAGUCCUGAGGCAAUUCCAACCUCUAUCAGUCAAUCAAUUAAGUUUUUUUAUUUUUAUGUUGUCAAUUACAUUUUUGUGUGGGCCUCAUUUUGCAAAAGUUUAAGAGCCCCUGUUUUAAGGCAUCCAUCAAACAACCAUUUGAAGCACCUUUCUUUUAACUGCUCCAGGUUUUUGGUAGUAAUAACUAAAAGAUUGCUCUUUAUACAGUGAUAACACUAAGUAUGGCUACAUCAAGUGAUGCUGCUUCUUUACAAGUACAAUUAUGCAAUCAGCAAAACACACAUGUUGUUAUCAGAUCAUGAACAGACAUGAUUAAUGUGCAAUUCUUAAUAUUUUGCACUUUUUUAAUGGUACAAAUCUAUUUUUUGAAAUGAUUUUAGACAGAGCACAAUAAGACUUUUUGAAGCGUUUUGGGUCAUUUUCUGUGGAGUUUUAAAUAUGUCUGGGGUUUCUUAUAUAAUAAACUAUGCAAUCCCGGUGUUAUCACAUGCUGUAUUGUAAACAUGUAUAUUUGAAAAAAAUUAAUAAAAAACUCUCUUGUUA